AUGUCAGUCAUUCUCUGCACUGCUGGUUAUGACCACACUAUCCGAUUCUGGGAAGCGCUGUCUGGAAUCUGCUCCCGUACCAUUCCCCACCCAGACUCGCAAGUCAAUCGUCUUUGCAUAUCGCCCGACAAGCGUUACCUCGCCGCUGCCGGCCAUCAUACUGUAAAACUCUACGACAUUAAAUCGACGAACCCGAAUGCGAUCCUUACCUUUGACGGCCAUACUUCGAACAUCACCGGUGUCGCGUUUCACUGCGAAUCCAAGUGGCUAGUCACUUCAUCGGAAGAUGGCACGGUUAAGAUUUGGGAUACACGGUCAGGCAAUGUCCAGCGCAACUACACACACGGUGUUCCGGUCAACGAUGUUGUGAUCCAUCCUAAUCAGGGAGAAUUGAUCAGUUGCGAUCGCGGUGGCAACGUAAGGAUCUGGGACCUCGGCGAGAACAAGUGCUCGCAUCAGCUCAUUCCCGAAGAUGAUGUUAGUGUCGCAAGCGUGACUGUUGCCAGCGACGGCAGUAUGGUUUGUGCUGGAAAUAAUGCUGGCAAUGUCUAUGUCUGGCGAAUGAUUCAACGUAGCGAUACUACAUCCAUCUUGCCUAUAUGCAAGUUCAUCGCACAUACAACCUACAUCACUCGGGUUCUCCUCUCCCCCGAUGUCCGCCAUCUAGCCACUUGCUCCGCCGACCACACAGCCCGCAUUUGGUCCGUCGACACCUCAGCCCCCCAUAAUGUCACGCCCAACGACAAUCUCCCCUCAGCUAGCGAACGCGACCCAGCAGCCUUCCCGCUCGAGACCACACUACACGGUCACCAGAGGUGGGUCUGGGACUGCGCUUUCUCGGCUGAUAGCGCAUAUUUAGUCACGGCCUGUUCGGACCAUUAUGCGCGACUGUGGGAACUAGGUAGUCAAAGCAUCAUUCGGCAAUACAACGGACACCAUCGUGGAGCCGUCUGCGUGGCCUUGAACGACACUGCUGUUGGUAAUUAG